UUCAGUUUUCGUCGUUCAUUUGGAAUGAUUUAUUUAGCUAUGAUAAGAUGAGCCGAAGACACGAUUCCGAAAAUGAAGAUGAUCCUGAGCCCUUUCAAAGUUCUGGUGAUGAAUGGAGUAUAGAGAAAGAUGAAAAAGAAGGGGGCCGGAGAAAAUCCGCCCGAAUCAGUCGAAGGCCAAAAAGAGCUGUUGUAGAUGAAAGUGCCAGUGAAGAAAAUGAAAAUUCAAGUGAUAGUGAAGACGAUUCCUUUUCAGAAGAAGAGCCAGUAAAAAAGCGAACAAAUAACAAGAAACCUGCUGGAAAACCCUCUCCCAAAAAGAGAAAGGUGACAAAUGAUAGUGAAUUUUCAGAAGAUACAAAUUCUAAUAUAUCUCAAGAAGACAAUGGAAUUAAGAAAGAAGCUUCCACAGAUUCUGAUUCGUCCAAAAGUUUCUCAAGAUCAGGUCCUCGAAAGUUUAUUCCUAAAACAAUUUAUUCUGAAGAGUUUGCUACUGGUUCAUUUGUAAUCUUAAAGAAAGAUGCCCAGGGUGGUGAUCCCAAGAAACAUCCUUGCAUAUGGAGAAUUGAUGGAAAAGCUCUACUUCAAAAAUACGAAGCUUUUGAUGAAGAUGAUAAAGUUCGGCAUAAAAACACUUCAGUUUACACCGGAUGGUCUCCAUUAGAUAAGGAUUUAUAUGCUCCAAUUACAGUUGAUGUAGUUCGGCACAAUAAUAAUAAUUUAACAGUGGAAGUUCAGUGGGACAAACUUAAUAUCCUGAAUGCCGACAGUGAUUAGAACAUAUAGUGCAGUUUUCAGUUAAAUUUAUACUUUGUUUUUAUAAAAGAUCUUUGAUAUAUUUUCCCUCAUCGAUAAAAUUGUCAGAUAUUUUAGAUAUGGUCAAUCAUAUUAUUUUAUACGGGAUUCAUACUCUUUAAAACUUAAAGGAAGACACAACAUAGAAGGUAUUAAUGUUUGCAAUAAAAUUUUUAUUCCAUUGGGUUGAAAUAAUUAGAAAUAUACAAAAAAAUAUUAUGUUACAUUGGAAGUUUUACGGUAUGAAACCUGUUGUUACUUAAUCUUAGAAUAAUCUCUUUUGAGUGUAAAAGCAUUUCUGUUAUUCUUCUCAUUGCAUAUUAAGUUUGAAAUAUAGCUGUCUAUAGUUAUCUACUCUUCUUUUUAUAAAUUAGUAUUAUUGUUUUGUAAUUUAAAUUCUAAGGAAGUUCUAACUGUAGGAAUAUUUUUUGUCAUUAUGUAUGAACCGUAGUUUAAAGAAAUUUGAAACUUUAAAACACAAUGUUGGGUCUCUAGUGAAAUUUUUAUUAUACACCAGAUAAUUUUUUUCUUUUAAAUAAAGGUCAAUUUUAAUAGAAA